AUGCAUCCAAAUGGGCACUGUGUGCGUCUUCCAAGCGGCUCCGAACUCUUCUUCACACUACCGAUCGAUUUGGACACCCAACGACCCAUGCCGCCGCAAGAUCUCGAAGCCCUUGCUGCAUACCUAGAACGGACUCAACUACAUCUUUCAGAAGGACCCGACGAUCCCAUUUACCAGAAUAGCCUUGCCGUGCGAGGUCUCAUCAGCGACUGGCUCCAAGGCUCCCAGUACCUUGACGACAUGGAGAUGUACGCGUGGGAGUCUGGUCAUGGCUUUCCGACAUUCGAUGAUGAAUUCGGCCUUCCGGUCGAUUUCGAGUGGCUGUGGGAUGUCAUCGAUUUUGAGGGAGGUGAGGAGUUGGUCGGCCGUUAUGUCGAAUAUAUCAACGAUUCUGCUGAGCUUUACGCACAAGGUCAUGCCGAAGAACAUCAUGACUCCGCUCCCACAGGCCGCACUCCUCACGGGUCCGACACGCCUUCUUCCAAUUCUCCGGUCGAGCAAUCGCAACAGCAACACUUCGGCCGGUUUCGUGUAGGACCUGGUCAGAUUCAAGCAUCCCCAGCUGAUCAUCGUUGCAGUCAUAUGGUUAUCUACCGAGAAGACCUACAACCUGCUCAAACCCACACUUACACAGCUAAUCCUCCAAGCCGUAAUGUGAUCAUUCACCAAGAAGACCAAGGAUCAAAACCCAUUGUUUUCUUCCAAGAGAACCCUGCAAAGCAAGGAAAGCAACCGCGCCAAGAGCAGAAGUUGAGCUUCAAGCGCGUAGGAUCACCACCCAAGCAGACAGUGGCCGCCGAGCUCGACCCCUUCCGCUUCUACGGCCGGGAACCUGCACACGAGGCACGGAAUGAAACAACCAAAACACACUCGAAAGCCCGGGCUACGCUCGACACUCUCAUGGAUAUACACCCCAGCUCUCGUCCUGCCUGGUUGAGCCACUCUGUGGCAUGGGACGAACUCGAUCCCUUCCGCUUCUACGGCCGAGGACUCGAUCACGCAACCAGGAACAAAAUUAUCGACGACCAGAACCUGCCUGAUGAGUACCAAAACCUGGCCGAUGAGUACUACCAAGCUUCCAGGAAACUCCCUGCUUGGGAGAGCAGGGAGCCACUGAAGAAGGCCUAUGUCCGAGAAGUGGAAGCUGCACUGGAGCGUGCGCGCGAGAACUUGGAGAACGCUGCGCACGCGAACAGGAGCAAGAACAAGAAGAACGCUGCGUACUCGGCUGAGGACCAGAAGCUUCUAGACAUCCUAGCCCAAUCCACCAAAGCUGCGCAACAACCGUCAUCCUCAUCUCGACCUCUGUUCCCGCCCCCCGUUGUAAACCCUUCCAAGAAGACCACCAGGAUCUUCAUUCCCAAGACCGCCCGCUCCAUCGCUACAAACCCACCCCGUACAACCCUCGCCGCCAAACCAGACACUCACCGCAAUCUGUCAUUCCAAGAACCCACUCGUCUACCCAUGCGCCCAAAGGAAGCUGCCAGAUCUUCUAGCUACGAAACUGGUGUCGAAGACUCCACGCACCGUGUGUGUGGGAUAACCCCGCAUCAGGCGCAUGCGGAGGAUAGCCCGGAUGAUAGCACGGAGAGUUCGCCUCGUCCAGCUCCCGGUGGUUCGUGGAUGGAUGUUUUUGAAGAGUUGAUGUCUUGA